GUCUCAUAGACACCAGUCUCCAAUCAGAAGCGGCAAACGGUGUCUCUCCCCCCCCCAUUGUCCGCUCAUCAGCUAAUCAGAAAAGACGUCAAGAGUGGAGAGUCGCCUUCCUGGCGGGGGUGGGCGGGGGAAGAGGAGGAGGGGAAACAGGCACAGGCAGAGCCAAGACCCCCGAAGUUGCGGCCGGCGGAAGUUGCUGGCGAAAGGCGGCUAACCAUGACCGAGGAGACGGCAGUCGAGGUGAUACCGCCGAGGCCGGACGCAGUGAGUGCCGUGGAGGAACAGCCGGGCACUUUACAGUCGGAGGGUACGGUGCGAUGGGACGGGCGCCUCACCCACUUCGUGGCCAACAACUUGGAGCAGCAGAUCCGGCUCAGCGCCUCCACGGACUCAGGCUGCGUGAUCCCUGCCGUUGACCCCGGGGCGCUGCAGGACUUGGCGGCUCUUGCUGUCCAGAUGGCGGCGCAGGUGGACGAGUUGCUGCGGAGCGUGCAUGGCGCCCUACAGGCCCUGACCGCCCUCAGCGUGGGUUGUAUCCAGACCUACCGAGACGGUGUGGAGGGGCUGGGAGAGGCCGUGGACACGAGCAUUCGCUCCAUGUACACACUGAUGGCGCGCUGCGAGGAGUUGGACAAGGAGAUGCAGCCGGUGCCAGCUCUGGCCGGGCGCAUCCGGGACAUGAAGAGCGCGCUGGAGAGGCUGGAGGGGCUCUGCAAAUAGCCCUGGCACUUGCCGCGGCCCCCCACCCCGCAAGCUCGGUGCUGUUGCUAAACUAAGCAAGCCAAUCUUUAAAGCCAGCAGCUCUUUCCCGUGACGCUUGGACGCUUAUCCUUCAGGGCAAUUUCUUCGUUUCUGUGUUGAUCUCAGGGCACUUGUCUCAUUUAACCAGUUCUUAAAUAUUGUGUGUAAGAUCAGUUGUGACAGUCAAUAAGCAACACAAUCAUUUUUCAUCCUGUGGCUCUCCUCUUGCAGUUAAGCUUGGCAUGGACCCUGAAACACAUCUCUCUCCUUUCAAGCAUGCAUGCAUUUUGUUAAACGUGACUUUUCUUACAGCCCCUGUUUAUCAUCAGGAACAGAAACAUUUUCUCAGAUUCUGUACCCGUCUACUCAGAAGUUAAGCCUCACUGGGUUCACUGGGACUUAUUCUCAACUAAGGAUACAUCAGUUGUGAUCCUAAAAAUACAAGGCAAUAAAUCACAUUGAACACAGCAGAAUAUAACUUCUGAAUAAACAUGCAGAGUAUUGGACUAUAAGUAAACCAACUCUUUAUGUCUUACUUGUGCAUACAGCAUCAUUAGGUGGGUCAUAAAGUUUUUGAGGAAUGAUGGUGACUAGCAGACUCACUGGUUGAGGUACACUCAAAAUCUUGCACAACAUUUACACAUAAACUUUACUUUUACAAAGGUUUAUUGUUUUACAUUCAGCUUGUAAAUUGAGAUGUCAGUGCUCAACCCUUCUGACAUAGUUUCAUCAAAGUUUGAACAAAUUUGUAGACUGUGCUUUGAAUUCUGAUUUUAAUGAAUUGUUAAAGCUGAGCAGCAGAAUCUGUUUGCAAAUGACUUUAAUUCACAAGUCAGCCAACCUAAAUUACUUGGAUCUAAACCUUUGAGAGGAAUAGCAGUAAUAAUAUAAUAUAUCUAAUGCCAUACUGGUGCAGGUGGAUGAUUAAGAGUGUGAGCUGCACAUUUCCAGGUUCAAAUCUGGGCUCAGCCAUAAGCUCACAGGUUGGCCUUAAGGUAAAGCCACUAUGCUCAGGUCCCAGUCUGUAGAGACAUGAUGCAGCAACUUGUGCUGAAGAUACACAGAUCUGGAUCUGAUCAGUGCCUGCAAACCCUAUGUACGCUGCCUUGAGUUUCGUGGAAGAAAGGUUAUCUUAGUAACCAACUUUACAGUAUUGUGACGAUAUGAUGCUGCCUUAUACCAAGUCUGAUCAGAUGUCCAUCUAAUUCAAUAUUAUCACUCAGUUUGCAGACAAAAGCGUUGAUCAUAUCCAGUACAGAGCUCCAACUUUUUGAGGUGAACAUUUUUUUGGGGGGGGGAGGCAUGCCAUAUAAGCGCUAAAUGUAAUACUUUGCUUUGUUCUUUUAACUGUUACAGCUUGUUACCUCUAUUCUAGUUUAUGUUUGAAAAUAGCAUAUUGCUGUUCUGGUAAUUGAAAUCUACUGGUAUCUGAACUCUGUAUUGUCUACUCCACUGCAGAUUGUGUGCUCACCCACGGUCAAAUCUUUUUAAUGCACAGAAGCCUAUGUAAUUUAAACUAAGUUAUGUAAUUUACUAAGUUAUGAGACACUCGUAACUUAAUAUUACCUUGCCAAGUAGUAUGAUCAAAGCAAAUGCCCAUUUUCUGUUGCUUACCAGUAACAUUGUUUAAAGAUACAAUGGAGCUACUUACAAACCAAAAACAUUUGGCCCUUUUUGUUGAUGUCAUGAAUUCCAGACUGUUGUGUCUAGAGGGCUAGAAAUCAUAAGUGUUAAUACAGAAUGCAGAUUCAAAGUCUUUUAAAAAGUCUUUUAAAAAAAGACUUAUUUGCUUUGAUGACCUCUGCUGACUGAGGCAAUAGUCAGUAGUUCCACUAAUCACUUGCUAUAAUGUAGCUGAACAGAGCCAUUUAAUAUUAGUUGGUUUUAUGUAAAUGUCUGUUUCUGAUUAGUUCAUUUUGAAGUCACUAUUGCCUUGCCAAUUGAUGUAAUUAAAUCUACAGUGCCUUUUCUUUUACGUCAGCAGGAUUGGAAAUAUAUUUCAAAAUUCUAAGCUGCUAUUCAUGCACAGGGCUGAAAGAUCUUUCACAUUUCUAGGUGCAGGCACCAAUUUUCUGGAACUAAGGCAAAAAGGACAUAAGAUUUUUCCAGGCUAGAAGAUAAUAUAUAUAACUUUGGAUUGCAGUCUCGGAAGCUGGAAAUAUGUAAUCUGACUUCAUCCUCCAUAGAAACCCAUUCAUUGCACUGAAACAUAGGCCUACCACUUGGGGCAGCAGUUAAUGAUAAUGCUUUCAUUCCUGUGAUGGGAAUUUGUUUUUUUAUAUCCCAGACAUAUCAGCCAUCAGAUUUUAUUAGAACAUUGACCAUAUCCACAGUCCUAAAAAACCUUGGUUCCAAAAGCUUUGGAUUCCGUUACUACAGGCCUUUUGUACUAUAGCAUGAAAUAGUUCUGUUUACUAUUAGCUUUUACAUAACUUGAGAUCUAUUGGAAAAUAAGUACAGGGGAAUAACCCAGCCAAAGUUAAGCAUUUUUGUCCCAUUGGUUUCAGUGAGAGAACUGAGCACAUGUUUAACUCUUCCACUGAAAAAAAAAAGAAACUCAGAAGUGCUUCAUGUUGGCUGUAUCAUGGCCCAUGUUUGCAAUUCUUUUCACAAGCCCUAUGAAAGGACAAGGUAUUACAUUUUCUGUAAUUAAUUAAUAUUUCAUUUUAUUCAGCAGCUGCUUAACCAUUUGGGCUGCAUAGCUUUUGUGCACGUUUUGAUCAAUGUAAAAAAUGCAGUUCAUCUUUAUACAUAUAUUGUACAAAAAGAUGUAAUUUAAGGAAAACAUUUACAUUUUAGAGCACAAAGCUUUUCUUUAGCGAAUCUGCAAAACAAAUAGUUUAGUUCAUUUAAAAAUAUAAUAAUGUUUAAAAGUAAAUUUGAAGUGCCAUAUGUAAUGAGAGAAUAUUGUUGAUGUUUAUGUUUAAUUAUGUCAGCAACUUGGUAACCACUAUUCCAAUCCAAAAGAUUAGACUGCUUUUCUUCUUAAUGCUUAAUAUGAAUCUUUUUGCCAUCAGUCAAUGAUAAAUUAAACUCCUUCAGCUGGUG